AUGCAAUUGAGGAACAUCAUAGCUGUUGCUGCCCUUGGUGGGUUGGCUUCUGCUGCCAAUAGUACGUAUCAACAUUAUUUUUUUAUUUCUAACUCGGUUCCAUGACACUGAUUCCAAUUCAAAUCCCUUGGCAGAUAUUACAGAUAGAUUUCAUCUACAAAACUCCAGAUUUCUUCAGCGCGAUGGGAGUUGGAUACUUGGAACAACUCCCCGAGAGAGUGCCUUUCAGAGCAAAUCAGUAUAAACACGCCAAUCUCCAACAGCGUGUCAGAUCUAAACAGUGAUGAGAUCGCAAUUCAAAUCUUACUUUCUAAUGGAGCUACGCCUAAAGUCUGUAUAAUUCUGCACAUUUCAACACCCUCCUUUACUUCACCACCCUGGUCUUGUUCUUUUUUUCUUCUUCUUCAGCGCAGCAGGCGAGUUUCAUUCACUUACUUCAUUCAACAGCAAUUGAGAGGCUUUUUUUUUUCUGCCCGUGCUAAAUUUGGAAACAUUUCAACUUACCACCUUAAACCCUUUUUUUUCCCGCCAGUCACGACACGGAGAUUUUGCGACACGACACUUGAUAUUGACACUGGCUAUUUUACUUAAAGUCUUGAAGUUUUCAAAUGUGUUGCAAAAAACCAACAAGGCAUAUUUCAUCCAAGGGUUCAGGGGGAAGAAACCCAACUUCCAAAUUGGAAAUCAAUAGAAUGGGCCGAUGAGUUAUUGUAUCCAGAUUUUGAUGUACUAACAGUAUCCUCUUUUUCUUUCUAGAUUCUACUUUGACAAAUGCUACCCCAUCUGUCGACAGUGGUUGCUCAUUUUCAUCCUUCACCGCUACCGCUGCUGGCCAACUUCAAUCGGUUGCUGCUUGUGAAACAGCCGUUGGUGACGUUGUUGUCUACGGUGACUCGUUCAGAUCGAUUGAGUUGACUGGUUUGAAACAAUUGUACGGUAACUUGGCCAUUAGAAAUGCCAGUCAAGCUACCGUUGUUAAUGCGCCAACUUUGCAAUUGGUCUCAGGUCAACUUGAAGUUAGCGGCGGCACCAUCUUGUCCAACUUGAACUUGGCACAAUUGACCACUGUUGGUUCAUUGGAGUUUAACGCUUUGCCAGCUUUGGAACACACUGGAUUGACUGCCGGUUUGACUUCGGCUGACUCCAUUGUUAUUUCCGAUACCGGGUUGAGUCAAUUGACUGGUAUCAAUGUCUACAAGUUGAAGGUGUUCAAUGUCAACAACAAUAAGGAUAUCGAUACUAUUGACUCUGGCUUGCAAGAAGUUACCGACACUCUUGACAUUUCCUACAAUGCUGAAAAAGUUGAUGUGAUUUUGAACCAGUUGAAGUCAGCCAACAACAUCAUUUUGCAGCAGAUUAAUUCAUUCCAAGCUCCAAACUUGACCUCAACCAACGGUUCCAUUGCCAUUUCAAAAUCAUCCAUUGAAAAGAUUGAAUUGCCAAAAGUUGAAUCUGCAGGAUCGGUCGUCAUCAACCAGAAUGACGACUUGGAAGAAAUUGACUUUUCCAAAUUGACCAGUCUUAGCGGCGCUUUGCAAAUCUCUGAUAACGACAACUUGAAGUCAUUGGAUGGUUUCAACAGCUUAAAGACUGUUGGUGGUACCAUUAACAUUAAUGGUUCAUUUGACAAUGGUACUUUUGACGCUUUGAGCAGGGUUUCCGGUGGUUUCAUCUUGAAGACUGACGGUCAAUUGUCUUGUUCUGCUUUCAACAAAUUGAACUCCAACGGUGACGUCAGAGGUGACAAGUUCCAAUGCGAAGACAAGGUUACUACUUCAUCUUCAUCAUCAGCUAAAUCAAACUCUGGUUCAUCGUCAAACUCUGCUACUGGUGGCUCAAGUCAAUCCUCAGAAGGUGGCUCUUCAUCAAGCGGUUCAUCUUCAUCAAGCAGAAAGAGUGAAGGUUCUUCAAACGUUGGUAAAUUGGCUUCCGUUGUUGCUGCUUUUGCCGGUAUUGGUUUUGUAUUGAUCUAA